AUGGCGUCUCCACCUAUACCCGCCUCCCCCCUGUUGGAAGCAGUGUCAUCUAUAACUCUUGAGAAAGGUACACGAGAUCGAUUUGUGGCAAACAUCUCUCCAGAAUGGUGCACACAACACUCUGUACUGGGUGGCUACCUGAAUGCAUUGAUACUGUCCGCCACACAAAAGUUCAACGCCCUUGAAUUUGGCGAGGAACGGUUUCUCGACCCAAUCCAUGUCUUUGUGCAAUUUCUGCAAUUGGUUCCGCCUGGACAGGUGAUUGUUACUUGCAAGCGUCUCCGAGUUUCUUCCCGACAGUGUGUGGUGAGUGUAGAGGUCGCGAGAGCCGCAGUUUCCGGCAACCCAAGUACUACUGCUACCCUGGGUAUUGUUACGUGCGCCAACCUCUCGGAAGAGGAAGGUCUUACGCAACAUAGUAAGCCGGCCUUUGCUGUCCCACUCCCAAACCGACACACCGAGUGUGUCAAAAUUGAUGAUCCCGUGGUCGAUUCGACCCCAGUGACUAGUAAACUGAACUGGAUUUCACCAAAAUCAACUAAUGGUCUUUGGGGACACCGUGUCGGGGGCCAUCACCGCGAGGUGUGGGUGUCCUUCCGGGACGGAUCGAGGAUCUCCGAUCUUCUUCAUCUAGCCAUGCUGUCAGACAUGCCACUGCAACCCGCUGCAACGCACCAAGCUGGGUUUUACUUCAAAUAUGCAUUAUCCACGCUUUGUAUGACAGUGGAAUUCAAAAAGCGCCCUGGCCCAUCCACGCAAUGGGUUAUGAUUCGGUCAAACUCGCAUAUGGUCUCGAAUGGCCGGUACGACGUCAACAUUCAGAUUUUCAAUGAAGGAGGUGAUCUUCUUGCGUUGAGUAACCAUGUAGUAUAUGUUUCGGAACUUCGAGCACGGGUGAGGGGAGCAAAGCUAUGA